UGCUGGUUCUUUUGCUGGUGGCGAGUGGAGCGCCGGUGCUGGUUUGCAACUGCCCUCGGUGGUGUCAUGGUGGUCAGGAUUGGGGGACCGUCGAUCCAAUGCAGCUUGUACAGGAAUGUGAGUGUUGCGACUUGACGCCGAACAGUGAAGCUUGGGAGGUAUGACCCUGGGCCGAUAAGCUUUAGGGCUCGGUGCUGUACCCGGUCCAGCUGGUUCAGGGUAGAUUGGGACGCACCCAACCAUGAAAGCGGGCAGUACUCAAGUACUGGGCGGACGAAGCCGCGAUACACGGCAUACUUGGCCUUGCUGUCGAGAAUGGACAGGGCCUUCCUCAUGAAGCCAAGGUAAUUCAGGUUAGAGGCCUGUGGUUAUUCAGGGUAGCGCCCUGUGGUUAUUCAGGUUAGAGGCCUGUGGUUAUUCAGGGUAGCGCCCUGUGGUUUUUCUAUGUUAUGUUUUGCUUGCGUAUUGGUGACCGAUUUGUUUGUGUGCUAUCUGGAGUCCUCGUUGAUAGACUGCCCCUGUUUCUGUAGGCGUGUUCAACGUUGCUGUUCUGCCAUUUGUUCUUGUGGCUAUUUCUUGUCUGAUAUUUGGCCCCUGGGAUGGCUGAGAUGUUUGCGUCAGUCCGUGGUUCUUUCUGUGUGUGUCUUUCUGUCUGUGUGAGUUUUCGUAGCUCGGCUGCAUGGUGGUUUGUCGCGUGAUGGUUUUCCGGACAACUUGACAACUCCUGUGCUGCCAGGGGACUGAUCACCCGGUUCAGCUGCCGCGGUCUUCGCAGUGCAGCCGGCUUGCCUUGGCUUCGCACCAGGGCAAGGAGAGGAUGCAUUUUUGUGCGUGGCCAUAUGUUGUCCGCUCCUGCGCGGACUGCGCAGGUUGCGAGUGCAUGCAUGUUCUCAGCCCCCCGGAAAGGCUGGCAUGACCUCUACAUUGUGCAUUGGUUGUCAGAAGGUGCAGUGCUGUGCAGCGUCAUCACAGGGAACACGCUUAGAUCAGAUUUUCAGUUGCUACCGGAUGUCCCAGAAAGGCACGAUGUCAUCUUUGCAGUCAUGCGAUUGGAGAUCCUUGGGAGAGGCUGGAUUCGAAUCGUCUCCUACAAUGACGACCCUGUGAUCGAGAACAGAUUACGGCCCUCUUUGAUGACCCAGCGGAAUGGAAUGCUUCCAAUGCCUUCGGACUUGAGCAAGCUGAUGAUGAUGUGUUAUACAUCCGCAAACCUAGUUCCCAAUCCGCCGGAACCAAACUGUGGACCAACCAUUCUUGAGCACAUGUUCACAAUCGGACUCCAACUGGAGAUUGGAGUGCCGUUUAUACGCAUGAUUCUCCUUGGUGAAACCGGUUCAGGCAAGACUAGCCUGGUACGCUCUCUCUGCCGGGAGAAAAUCCUGCAUGGGAAGAUGGACAGCAGCACGGUCGGGGUGGACGAAAGCAUGUUCAUCAUUGACGGUGGUCAGCUGGAGCGGGCAGCCAGCAAAGAUGGAGAGGAAAUGCUAAGAAGGAGGAUCGCCUCUGUGAUCAAGCGUACCAUGAUUCAUCCAAACACCUUCCUGGCCUUCCUGCGCACCUUUUGCUCUGCUUCUGCCAGCUAUGCUUUUCCGAACUCCACUGCAAGCAAGGUUUGGCCAGAGCGUUCUUCAGUGACAGGUGAUAUCACUGGAUUAACCGGCCCAUGCUCUGACUUGGCAGGAAGCAAGAAUGAGUUACCGCAAAAUGUGAUUAGUGAUAUCUCAAACCGAGUGAUGUCCAUUGCCUUCAUCAAAGGUGUCAGGGCGAGAGUUGCCGAGAGACCGUUCCAAAUCAUCCGCAUCUGGGACACGGCAGGCCAGGACUCGUAUCGGCUACUUCAGCACAUCGGCUUCGGCGCAGACCGCACGGCAUACGCGAUUGUCUUCAACGCAAGCCAGUCCGUGGAAGCAGAAACUCCGCAGAGCACUGUUCGACACGAGGGCAAACCUCGGCCUUGCACUGCAGCUGUGCCGAGACAGCCAAUCCUGACGUAUAUCCACGACUACCUGGCCACAAUACACAACAUGCCGAGUAGCAGAAACGUGCGCGUGUUCCUCGUUGGCACGCAUAUCGACCAGCGUGGCUGGUUCAGUGGAGCGACCCUGGAUGCAGAACGAGACACCAUCAUGAAGAGUCUUGAAGGAAAACCGUACUGCCAAUUGCUGAAGUCUGACGAUAUCGUGUUUGUCGACAACACGUAUUCCGGCAGCUUCUUCUGGCCGGAAAACUCUGGAAUCAGAAGCCUACGCUGUAAGCUCAUCGAGGAGAGUGCCAACCAGGAGACAUUCCCACUUGCACGUGUUCUGGAAACACUCGCACUUCUGGAGCUCUCUAAUGAUGCUCGUCUCUCCAGUCCCUGGAUCUCGCUCGAUGAUAUGCUUCGUCUAGCCCGCCGCCUUGGCAUUGCGCACCGAGUGGAUGAGCUCAAACCUAUGCUGGGCUUUCACCACAACCUUGGCACCGUUCUCUUCUUUCCGCAGUCCGUAGCACUGCGGGAUAAAGUGAUCAUCAACGUACCAUCCGUGAUGAAGCUGGCUGGCUCGCUCAUUCAGCCUGGAAUGAAGCGAGAAGAUUUCGUGAAGGAUCCACCAUCACGCGAUGACAUUGAUCUCUACCGACAAGGCUACAUCACGGUUGAACUGGCCCUGCGUCUAUGGCAAGAGCACAGUCCCGAGUUCUACCGGCUGAUGUUGAAUGAGGAGCAUCGCCACACCUUCUUGCAGCUAAUGGAGACACUGUGUAUCUUGUGUGACGUGGGCGAAGUCACCACGGCCAGGAACGGAAAGAAGAAAGUCUUUCUCAUGCCAGCUGCGGCCGAAAAUGAGUCUAUCCCUGAGCUGGAAGGCGGCUCCACAUCCGAGGCCAUUCUUCUGGCUUGCGACGAGAACGACCACUUUCCACAUGACAUGUUCCUCACAAUCGGCACGAAAUGCAUCACUCGCCACAACCAGCUCCUCGUCGAGAGCGGCACGAAAACCAGCGCCUGGAGGAAGACUGCCCUGUCCAAGUUUACCAUGCGACUACCGUGGAAUGUCAGCAACGGAGAGUGGCUGCAAGUGUCCUACUGGAAGUGCGGCAUCUCUCUCAGAAUGGAGUCGGUCAACGAGCAGCAUGUCUUUGGCAGUGGUGAGGGUGAGGCAGCGCUACAUCAGGUGAAGCAAUGGUUGUCUGACAUGCAGGCACUUACCAGUCAGAAACUUCUGAUUGAGGAGACGGUGGCAUGCGGUUGUGGCAAGAUGAGCGAUAGUGUGCUGUGCACUACGCACGGUAGAGGGCAGUGCAUCGACCACGCUACCUGCUUUCACACAGUCGACGUGUUUGAGCCCGGAACAACUCCGAUGUGUCCCGUCUUGAACAAGGAGGCGAGGAUCCCCAAUGGAGGACUGUCCUUCUGGAAGAGAUGGACUCAGGACCCUUCAAACCUUGUCCUGCGCCGAGAACCGACUCCAUCAGGCUCAGCGUGUGUGGACACUGGCGGUGCAGCCAUCAGUUUACUUUACAUGUCGCCGGAGGAAUACGUCUCGGCCAAGUACUGCAAUCUGAACAACGUUGAUAAGCUGGUGACACUUACCGACUUGACUGAUCUCGGAAACAAGAUGGCGGAGUACUUGACUCUUGCGGAACGAAAGAAACUGGCCAAGCAGCUGGUAAUGGCAGCCGGUGAGUUUGUCAACAACUUCGAGAGCAUCAUGAUCUCUUACAUCAAGGAGAACCAACGCGGCCUAGCUGAUACCGACAAUGUGGCCGGUCAGCUCUUCUACAUCGUCCACAAGAAGGAGAUCAGCUGCAAUGAGCUUCUGUGCAUCUUGGCAGCGUUCACUCGGGAGGAAGUCGUUGAGAGAGUAGCACAGAUUAUUGAGCGUGCACGGUUCAGUGACGGUUGAGCUCAUGAUGAGGUCGUCUCGAGCCGGCAAGGCAUCCGACAAAACCUGGUGCACCGCGUAGGUUUGUCGUGUGCUGUCCGUGGUGGCCAACGCCUAUCUCUGUCCAGUGCCUUGCGCAGUGGAGUGCUUGCUCAAAGUAAUGUGCAGGCUGCACUUUGGACAUGGACAAUAGUCACACGGAAUCAUGACCUAUUAUCCAGUUGGCCAUUGAUUUCUUUUUGCUGCAUGUUCUGAUCGGCUCAUAAUGGAUGCACACGUUGAUUUGACCCGUUUACAACUUUCCCCCGAGCUGAUGAAUACCUUAACUUGAAUGAUCGUUUUUCUGGGUACAAUGUAUUUUUCCAUUUUGCAUCCUCAAUUUUUGAAUUAUUGAUGACGUAUUCUUUUGAAAUUCUCUGCAUGUACUUUAGAACUACUGUAUAACUACACAUAUGAUGCAGCGUUGCAUUGUGAUUUCCUUUAAACAACUUUAGUGGGGUUUCCACACAAGUGUUGGAUAUUUCUGGUACGUUUUCGCGCUU